GAUCUCCUCGCCCCGUCUUAUUUCUGAGGAGUGAAGCUGUGCUGAAGGGUGGCUGCGAGCAGAGGGAUGCCAGCCAACAUGCAGCUCCUUAUCAGAUGCAACGGGAGGAUUUUCCUGGCUAUUUGUUUAAUCCUCUUUGUGGGAUACACAGCACAAGGUGCUCCCAUGCAGAGGGCGAGGUACAAGAGGGUGAGGUGCCGGCCCGACGCCUGGUCCGCGAACUGCAUCGAGGAGAAGGGGCCCUGGUUUUACAUGCCCACAGGCGGGGCCAACAGGAUUCUUCCUCCCAUGGCAGACCUGUCCUUGAUGAAGAGGUACCAGGAGCUGGGCGACAUAUUCCCUCUCUCGGAUGAGGAUUCCGGCUCUGGGUCCAACACCGUGGUGGGAGCAGAGCCAGCCUCUGGGUCGGGGCUUGGUGACAAUGACAGCUUCUCCGAGGUGAAGCUGCCUGUCUUCCUGGAGAGCCUGCGAGGCUCCGAGCUGAAGGAAAAGCUGUCGGAGGAGGAUCUGCUCCUCUAGGGCUGGAGACGCCGUCCUCAUGUGCCGCUCCCUCGCCUCUUCCCCAGAGCCUGACCCGACAGCCAUGAAGUGGUUCUAAACCAGCAUCAAUAAAAACUUUGCCUUAA